UGAAUGACGGCAGGUCGCCAUGGAAACUGCGUUACGCUCCGGGCACCCGGAGAAGAAAACAAGAGCGCAAGGACUGAGUGGAGUCUUCAUUUCAGCACCAAGCGCCUCGUGGACAGCGCCUGGGUGAAGUGGAGUCUGGUCAGCGACAGAGCCUCAUGCAGACGCAGAGACAGCAGCAGCAGCAGCACCAGCAGCAGCAGCGGCGAGCCUCACUAACAGUGGUCAAGACUCCGAAAUAAAACAAGACAUCCUCAGACUAUCUAGACGUGAAUCGCAGUGGUUCCAGGAGGUUUCAUCCCCACUGUGAGAACAGGAGCCAGUCGCUCUGCCUCAGCAACAGGCAGCAGCAUGUCUGAAGUCAAACCCAGCCAGAGGUUCCACAGCCUGAAGCCUGAGCAAGUGGCAGUUCUCCAUCAGGUUUUGUCAGACAUUGUUCCCAUCCACGGCCGUGGGAACUUUCCAACUCUGGAGCUCCGCCCUCGAGACAUCAUCAUUGCUGUGCGGGCAAGUCUGCGGAAGCAAGGCAUCAUAGUCAGAGACGUGCGCCUAAAUGGCUCCACGGCAAGCCAUGUUCUGGUCCAAGACAACAGAAUGAGCUACAAAGACCUGGAUAUUAUUUUUGGGGUGGAGCUGCCCAGUCAAGAGGAGUUCCAGGUGAUCAAAGAGUCAGUGCUUGGUUGCUUGCUGGACUGCCUGCCGGCAGGGGUCAACCGAGAGAGGAUCAGCAGUGCAACAAUGAAAGAGGCCUACGUCCAGAAGAUGGUCAAAGUCUUUAAUGAGCAGGACCGCUGGAGCCUCAUCUCAUUGUCAAACAACAGCGGCAAAAACCUGGAGCUCAAAUUUGUUAGUAUGCUCAGGAGGCAGUUUGAGUUCAGCGUUGAUUCCUUCCAAAUCAUUUUGGAUCGUCUUCUCGAGUCCUACCUGCAGGAGUCGCCGCACAAACAUAAUGUUACGCUGAAGGACCAAGAGGUCGAGAACAAAGAUGCUUCUUCUCUCCUUAAUAAGCAGGGUAGUGCUGAAAGAACUGAAGAAUUGAAAUUCAAAAAUGGAUCCCUUUCGGAGAAAGGGACUGACAGUACCAACACGGAACAGAAAGAUGAGAUGCAUGGAAGUGAGAAUACAAUGCACUCAACAAAACACUGUACACAGGGAGCUGUUAACAAAGAUAAAGCACCCAGAGAGCUGGAAGAGCACCAAGAAAACCUUAAUGAACCCAAACUACCUGGGAAGACAUCUUCAAGUGCGAUCACAGGAGAGAAACCAACCGCAAAGACCAACGAGGCCGAGUAUAAACUCAAAGACGAGGCGCAGCCCUCAGAUUUAACUGAAUGCUCAGAGCGCUUGGCACUGAUACUUUUAAAUCAGAAACAGGAAGUAGUCAUUGAGAAAACGGGACUGACAGAGACCGCACAGCAAGAGUCUGUAAAACCGACAGACAACUGUGACAGCAAAGAUUCAUUUGCGAACAUAAAGACCUCAAAGAAUUUAGAUGAGUGUGUAAAAGAUGAAACGCGAUGUUUGUAUAACUCAGAUAAUGCCGCGUGUUCUCAAGUGAGGGGAGACGACACUUUAGAGAAUGAAAACAAAGUCCUCAUUGACGUGCUAAUGGAUGCAGAGAUUAGAGGAGAUGUCGAAAAAAGUCAGAUAUCAGCGGAAGAAAAUGAUUGCUGUUUCUCUUCCAUCUCCACCUCACCGCUUUCACAUGACAGCACCUUGGAAACACACAGCAUACCCGACAGAUCGGCAGAUACUCAGGACACACUUGCAGCUCCCGGCCUUGACCAAAAAGCAUUCAGUUCUCCUUCUUGUAAGGUCUCAGAAAGACGCGCUCAUAUGGUGGUGCUUAAGCACUCAUCUCCUAAACCUCCACGAAGGAUGUGUAGGAAGGUUACCUCCGUUCCUUACCCAGUCUUUGAGAGUGACUCGCUAAUGGAUUCCAGUUUAGAUUCAAACUCUUCCUCAAGCCCUGAACCUGACCUUCAUGGAAAGCUUAGACUUGAGCUCAGUCUUGAAACGGCUCCUGGUUCAGACUCCACAAAAGCUACACUCUCAAUUACAACAAUCCCUCAGCCUGAAAGUAAUCCAAACAGUGACCUUACCCCAUCAAAUCGGAAUUUCCUCUCCACUCCGGAUCCCACCCCUGAUUCCAUUUCUAUUCUACCUCUGCAUCCAGAUUGUUCUCAGUUAAUCACAGAGUGUUUGCAUGUGACAGAUAUUCAAAGCCAGGAGGAGAGACUACAACCGGCUGACCAAAGCAAGUCUUCUGCUGAAAAGACGGCUUUGCAACCGACACAAACAGAAUCUCCCGUCAGCCCGGAUUCACUGGUUUCAUGUAUUGAUACAUCUUAUCCAAAUUCCCAAGAGUCCGCACGUACCUCAGAAGCUGAAACCAAUGAGGAAGAGGAAAACUACUUGGAUAAGCCGAAUGGCAGCAAUGAAGAGACCUUACCGCAAGAACAGACCCCUCCCCAAUCACCGUCCUCCUCCCACAGUAUCACCCCCCUCGCUUCAUGUCUUCCGCCUCCUGCACUCAGUUUCUCGCCUCCCUGCUUCACCCCAUCGCCCCCAAGCCUCAGCCCUUCGCCAUGCCUGACUCCUCCCUCUCACUGCCUCUCGUCUUCGAUGCUGCGCACUGCCAGCUCUGCAACUAGUUACAGCUCUCCGUCCCGAGGCUUCAGCCCUACAUCGUCAUGCAUCAGCUCACCUCCUUACCUCACCCCACCUAUGCUCAGCCUCAGCCCUCCCCCCGUCUGCCUAACUCCUCCUUCGCCAUGCCUCAGCCCUCCCCUCCUCUGCUUCACUCGUCCGGUAGAAUCGGAGGAUGCCGUGUUUCAGAUAUCCUCACAGUCAGGGCCUUUGAUCGACAAAUCGGACAGCGAUGAACAGAUUGGCGCGCCCUCCGCCCUGCACCAAGUCCCUGCCUUGUUGACUCCGGAGCCUGUCUCCUAUCCAAUCACACUCCCAAGCGCACCCUCACAUGCACUGCCCCACUCUCAGUGCACAGCCCCAAGGGAACCUGCCCCCCCAAACACAGAUGAAGUACUGAGCUCAGGGUCUGAAAAGAAAGAGGCCCAGAAAACAACUGCAGACACGUCUGAACAGAGCACAGCUCCCCCGGUGGCAGGCUCUGUCCCUGCAGUCGAGGUUCUGGCCGAGAGCAUGUACGGUGACUUUGAGGUUGCCAUGGAUCACCUGCGCUACCGCUUAAUCGCCACGAGAAAUCCUGAGGAGAUUCGAGGUGGCGGCUUGUUGAAAUACAGCAACCUACUGGUCAGGGACUAUCGACCGGCCAGUGAAACUCAAAUAAAGACACUGGAGCGUUACAUGUGCUCACGCUUUUUCAUUGAUUUCCCUGAUGUGCAGGAACAGCAGAGAAAGAUCCUCUCUUACUUGAAGAAUCACUUCAUUGGUGAGGAGAGAAGCAAGUACCAGUACCUAAUGACACUUCGCCGCGUGGUUGACGACAGCACGGUGUGCCUGAUGGGCCACGAAAGGCGCCAGACUCUCAACAUGAUCACAGUGCUCGCACUGAAAGUUCUUGGGGAGCAGAACAUUAUCCCCAACACAGAUCAGGUCACAUGUUUCUAUCAGCCUGCACCAUACCUUGCAGAGCACAACAACCCCUAUUUAACGGAACCCAGCUACUGCAGCUAUUACAUACCCCAAGGCGCGUCAACUCUCCUUUACCAGCCAUACCCCUUGCACAUGCAAACACAAACGGGACUAGUUUAACUGCAAAGAAAACAUGCAAGUCAAGCAAGACAGCAAAGGAAAAACCUGCCUGCCGUGACCUAAGACGUGGAGAACGGAAAUACAGUAUGGCUGCUAACAGACCUUAAAUUGAGUGCACAGGGCUGUACUCCCAUCCAUCCAUCCAUCCGUCCAUCCGUCCGUCCGUCCGUCCGUUCGUCCAUCCAUCCAUCCAUCCAUCCAUCCA